AUGGAGACAACAAAUAUAACGGGAGCAGUUAACAUUCUCCUCUCCAUCACAGCAAUUCUUGGGAAUUCCCUUAUCCUUGUUGCCCUUCACAAGGAAUCUUCCCUCCAUCCGCCAUCCAAACUCUUGUAUCGUUUUCUGGCAACAAGUGAUCUGUUGGUUGGUCUUGUUAGCCAGCCUCUCCAUGCUACUUAUUGGAUGUCCGUGGUUCACGAACACUGGAGUCUUUGUCGAUACGUAAGGCAAGGAAGUGGCAUGACAGGCUAUGCGUUAUGCUCAGUUUCCUUGUUGACGCUGACGGCCAUAAGCGUGGACCGACUUCUCGCCAUGCUGUUGGGACUGAGAUACAAAGAGAUUGUAACUUUAAGGCGCACGUAUAUCAUUAUAGCUAUCUUUUGGGUUUUAUCUCUAGUCGUGGGUCUAUUCUUUCAUCUCAAUUACCGUAUAACCUUUUGGUGCACCCUUAUAGGUGCACCAACAUGCCUAGUUAUCUCAAUUGCCUCGUACACAAAGAUUUUCCGCGCUCUCAGUCAUCAUCAGGCUCAAGUACAAGAUCAUGCUCAACAACAGCCUACCCAACCAAAUGCACUGAACAUGGCGCGAUACAGAAAGGCAGUUUACAGUGCACAGUUAGCUUUAGUUGUCUGUUAUGUACCAUUUUAUACAGUGGAAACUGUGAUCUCUCUUAGUAAAGAGCGAUUUCCGAAUUUCAUCGUAAUCAGGAGAAUGGCAGUUGUCUUAGUGUUCUUUAACUCUACUUUAAACCCUUUCCUUUACUGCUGGAAGAUAGGUCAGGUGAGACUAGCAGUUAAGCAGACAAUCAGGCAAGCAAUCUGCUAUGCAUAG